AUGGGGAUAUCCCACCGAAGAGGUCCAAAAGGUAAAAACGAAUCAUUUCUGAUCGUCAGUUGCCACGCAGAAUCGCGCGAAUUGAUUAUCAAAGCCGGAAACGUGCAAGUCAAAUGGAUUGUCAAUGUGACCGCUUAUCCGGAAGCCGCCAUCACCUGGUUCAAUCCGGAUGGUGAAGAAAUAAAGAAUGAUCCAAAUGGCAAAUACGUGAUAACUAAUAAAAACCCGUUGACUACACUCGUAGUGCAAAACAUCAAGAUUGAGGAUUUCGGUGUAUAUCAAUUGAAAGCAUUUAACUUCCAUCGUACCGAUUACGUCAAUUUCAGCUUAACCGUUGAAGAUAAACCGUCGCUUGAACUAAGAAAUAACGUCGAAUUAUAUUCUCUUGGAAAAACGUAUCAGAUCGAAUGUGCUCUGACAGGAUAUCCUUUACCUAGAGUCACAUGGUCGACGAUGGACUGCAAUAAUUACCCCACUUGCGAAGGUUCUGCUUUUCGAAACAUUCCGAUAAGUCAGUUCAAAGAAACGAAUUUGAGCUUAAAACCGUAUAAAAUGAAGUCAAUUUUAAAUUUUUAUGCUGAUGGAAGUAAAAUUCUGCGAUGCGAAGCGGGAUAUUCCGAAGGAUUUGAGAAUGCGUCUUCAUUGUAUUUGGUCUCUGACAUCGAAAACGGAUUUGCAAUAAAUACCGAAGAAGAAGAGACCGUAGUCGGAGACGAUGUAGAAAUCUCGUGCGGAGCUUCCAAAUACAUAUAUCAUAGCAACGUUACAUGGUACAAAAAUGGAGUCGAUUUGGCUGCAAAACAUUUACCGGGAAUUAGAGCAAUAAAUUACACUACAAAAUUUUCGCAUGGUUCGAAGCUAUUUAUUCCAAAUGUGCAGAAAAAUCAUGGCGGUGAAUACAUUUGCCGAGCUACUCUUCUCAAUAAAACAGCAACUAUUCGCGACGUUGAAAAAUUCAUUCAUGUGGAUGUUAAAAACUUUUCCAUACCCAAUAUAAUUAGUACAAAUUUCGACAAAAAAGAUAUGCUGGUUCAUACUUAUGAAAAAGUGGAAAUGAAGAUUCAAGUCAAUGGCACUCCAGUCCCUUCUAUCUUAUGGUAUAAGGAUAACAAACUAAUACCAUUGGAUAAAAACGAGUCGUCGCGGAUUGUGUUGAAAGAUAGAAAUCAAACUCUAGUCAUAAAGUACGCAGCGCUUGAGGACGAAGGAGAAUAUUUGUGCGUAGCGAGCAAUAAAGGCGGAAAUGUUUCAGCAAAGGUGAUGCUGCGGUUGGCAGAUAAACCAGCUUCAGAAGACAAGCCAGCUGUAGAUAAACCAGCUGAGCAUGAGUAUACAAUCAUAGCUUCAAUAAUUUCCAUCUGCCUUCUUUUAACUGGAAUAAUAUUCUACGUAACGAUUCGGUUGCGCAAAGAAAAAAUGAAAUUACAAAAAAUUUUGGAAAAAUAUGGGUUGCAAGAAUGCAAAGGAAGCGAAGUUCUCACUAUAGACCCUGACUUGGACAUCGAACAACAAACUGUUCGCAUACCAUACAACAAAAAAUAUGAAUUUCCCAAAGAGAACUUGGAAUUUGGUAAAUAUAAUUGA